UCGAACUAUAUAAAUUGAAACGCACGUCCAGUUGGAAAACAAAGUCUCACUAUAAUUACGAAAAACUAAAGAAUGGCGCAUUUUUCUGUAGUUUCACUCACCCAAGUUGUUUUGCUGUUGGUUUUCAUCUGCUGGACGCCGAGCUCGACUGGCGCUGCCUUUUCCUUGGAGGAAGAAUUCCUACAACUGAAGGAAAAUUAUAUUCAAAUGAAACAACUCUUUGAAUCAACAGCGAUUGAACAGCAGGGAAAAAUGACACAAUUGGAGGCGCAACUCGAACUAAAUAAUGAACAAAGACAAGAUUUGACAUUGAAAGUAACUCAAUUAGAGGCCAAAAAUGUCCAACUGGAAGUCAAAAUUGGAAAACUGGAGACCAAAGUUGAACAACAAGAUUCGCUUUUAACUUCCCUUUCACGAGAGAAAAAUGAACGUACAGCAGCAGCAACCGAUUCUGUUCCAAUCAGCAAUAAUCAAUCGGCUAUUUCCAUCAACGGACUGCCAUCUUCAUGCGCGGAUCUCAAAAUUAUUGGCCACGUCCUGAAUGGAUUUUAUUCCGUCAUGGGAUCGGCGAAAAUGGAAUCCGUUUACUGCGAUUUCACUAAAAACGAUACCGAAACUGGUUUCCAGAAAUGGAUUGGAUAUGUCGGCGUUAAAUCGGCGCCUGUCCAUUUCUACGUCCAGAAAGGAACUUCAUUUGGCACAGUAAACACUCCGAUUAAAUUCGAUUUGGUGCGGGUGAACGAGGGAAAUGCCAUGGAUUUGGCAUCGGGGAAAUUCACGGCACCACGACCGGGAAUUUAUUUUUUCUCUUUCACGGGAACGGCGAGUCUUUCAGCUUCAUAUUCUGUUUGGUUUUAUUCUCGUCUUUUUUUGAACGGGAAUGUAAUCGGGUCGAGUUAUGUUGAAGAAAAUAACGGCCCCGUUGAUCAAUAUAAUCCGGUGACCCUCCAGUCGACGUUGAACUUGAAAACAGGCGAUCAACUCUGGGUGGAGAUUAAUUAUGGCGGUGGUUCAUCGUAUUUGUAUGACAACAGUAACCGCUACACCCAUUUCACGGGUUUCAUGUUGGAGGAGGAAAUUGUGGCGUCCCUUUGAGGGUUUUUGGGUUCAACAUCCAAAAUUCGCAAAAUGAACGUCAACACGAAAAUUUGGGGAAGGGAAUUUUAAGGGGGAAGGGAAGAUAAUGCAUUCGACUCUAAUUCAUUAAAAAAUGGGAAUUUCUUUACAAAAAUUGAACUGUGGAUGUAAUUACAUUGAAGUUUGUAUGUGCAAAACUCUAGACGUUAUGAACAAAUAACCAAUUUUGAUUGCCAGAUUGACAAAAAAAGGAAGGCCUUAAAAUGGGAGAAAAUUCAUUCGCCUCUAAUUCAUUUUGGAUUGGAAUUUUCAAAUAAUUCUUUUACUGAUGAAUUCACAUUUCAAUUGUGCAAUCGUCCAGGAAAAAUCGCUUUUCUAUCUUUAAAAAUAUGGGCAGGAGACGUGAAAACCCAAGAAAUUAAAAUUUCUCAAUUUGCAUCGCAGCUCGAAAUUAAAUCAAAUCAACACGAGAAUAAAACUUUUACUACGUA